AUGAAUGGUGGUGGAUAUGCUCCGGUAGCAGCUGCCAGAAGACAACGUCCGAUGCCAGCCGAUAGAUCGACAUCAAACUCAAAUGAGACAGGCCUUCUUAUCAAUGUUAUUCGUUCAUUAACCUCGUCAGUCUCGGAAGAUCAAAGAGAAGCUGAAAAGUCAAGACUGGAAAAGGGAUACAAGGAAUCAGGAGCGCGCAUCGAUCGACUUGUUAAGGAUCAUCAGCAAGACGUAGAGAAAUGCUUGGUCUCGUUUCGUGAUGUUUCAUCCAACAUUUCUAGUGAGACUGUUGUUUUUUUUUAUCCUGCACGAUUAAUACAAUCUCCAGACUGUCGAGAACGAAUUCACAACGUCCGGAAUGCUCUUCAUACCGUUAAGAGUUUACUGGAGUUACGAAGAGACGACUUAAAGAAGCUUUGGCAUGAAAAUGCGCAACAAAAGUCAGUUUGCGAUAUAAUGGCUAAACUAGAAGAACUCCGAGAGGCACCAUCAAAAAUUGAAAAUCUAAUUUCCAAAGAACAGUACCAACUGGCAGCAGAUACGGUGACUGAAUCAAGAGAGCUUAUAAAUGGCCGUCUGGCAAGAGUCGAGGGACUUUCGCAUCUUUCUGCGGAAAUCGAAAGAUUUACAAAAGUUCUCAUCGACAGAAUCAAUGAUACCCUUGUUAAUAUGUUAGUUGUUGAGCCAUUCGAGAAACAUCUUCUCCAUAUCAUUCGAACUAUACCGGAGCAUCGUAUUAAUCAAAACCCAUAUUGUUCUUCAUUAUUAACCAAAUCUCGGAGCGCUUCUAGUCCUGUAUCUUCAUUCCACAAUACCACGGGAAAAUCAAGAAUUGUUUCUUCAGUAUACGCUCUAUCUACACUGUUUAGAACUGUGGAAGAGAGAAAUUGGGAUGUAGAUCGUUUGAUGAUGUUGGGGAAGAAUAUGAUUGACAAAAUGAUUGUCAAUACUGUCCAGGUGAUGAAGAUUGGUGCAGGUAUUGAUGAGAGCAAUGAGGGCGACACGACACACUUGAAGCAGCUUAUGCAACUGUUAUCAGCACAAUUUGAUUCCGCUAGUCAGAAGCAUGCCGAGUUCGGAGUUCUUGUUGAGAAGCAACUUGGUAGAAACGACGUUCUCACUUCUUUUUGGAGAUCCGCCCAAUCUGCUAUUGAGGUUGUGGUUUCCGAGCACCUGGACAUCAAUCCACUUUUAGAAAAACAAAACAUGAUGGGAUCUGUCGGAAGAAAGCAACUUUUUCGCUUUGAAAACACCGCAUGCGCGGCUCCGAACACAACUUCUUCAAGCCAUCAAGCAAAGGCCGUCAUUUGCAAACCCUCCGCGUAUAAUAUCAAAGUGAUUUUCCCGAUUCUCAGUCGUCUCAUGGAAACAACCGAAAAGAAUAUGAAUGAUUCUCCAUGCGAAUUGCGGCGGUUUAUGCAUUCUUUUGUGAUGAGAGUGUUCGUUGAAAGAGUUAAAGGCGAACUCGCAUCACGAAUAGAAGGAGCCCUGAGAGGUGGAGAAGCUGUUAGGAUUUCCAGCAAUAAGAAGAUAUUACCAUCAUGCGAGAAAGUGCUGACUCUAUGCAAGGAUAUUCAUGAUUUGAUAAUCUCCCUUGAGCUUUAUGCAGAUCGUUUUGCGGCUCUAUGGAUUCUCGUGCUCACAGAUUAUUUUAAAAAUAUGACGGAUGUAUAUGAAAAGAUGACUCCAAAAACCGCAGACCCAUCGAUGCCAUCAUCUGAAUCAGCUCCCACGCGUUGUCAAAAGAUAUCAGCCGCAUGGACAGCCGAUGAUGAUAUUUCACGUCUUCUAAUGAGUCUUCCCAACUGGCACACUGCUUCCAUGUCCCCAAUGACUCCAGCAGUUGAAAGUGAACAAGAUGUUGGAGAAAGGAACAAAAAAGAAUCGGAAAUUUUGAUAGGAAAUCUUGGACACCAGGCUCAAAAUAGUUUGAAUGAGAACAACUUGAUAACGGAUAUGAACGAUAUCAAAAUGUUUGCGAGUCUACACGAGUCCUUGCGGUGGUUCAGCGAUGAAAUUCGUGAGCUAGUUUAUUCACUUCCUGCUCCUGUAAAGUUGAUGCUAGACACUUGCAUGGUCCAAGUUCAGCUUAAAGAUGGUCAAAUGAUCGAUAACAACUCUGUUCCUUCUGCUAUCGAGGAUUGUGUUCGUCGUCUCGAAUCAAUUGCUGAUUCCUGUCUGCUUCUUCUUCAUAUCGAAAUCCGUGUUCACUGUUUCUUCCAUCUCGCACCACUGGUCAAGUAUCGCAACACAUCAUCCAAUAAUGAAGUCGAUCCAGAAGUUGUUGCCCUUGGAAAAGAUCUACACCAAUUUCAUGAUAAUUUGAAGGACGUUUUAUCGUCAUCAAAAUUAUCAUACGUAUUCGAUGGUCUUGGUCAUUUAUGCGCUUCAUUAUUCAUACACUAUAGUCAAUUCAUGCCACGUCUCACAGAAGCCGCCAAGAAACGAGUAUGUCGGAAUGUAUGGGGAGUUCAACAAAGAUUAUCAAGAAUCACAAACCGAAGAGAAUCGGAUCUAGAUAGAGCUCGAGCUUUCUUCGAUUUGCUCCUCGAUAACACACCGGACGGCAUUCUGGCUAUUGUUCCAGAGAAGAGAUCGCUGUUCAGCGCCACGGAACUCAACUAUCUUCUUGCUCUAUCAGUUCGUAGUGAUAAGACACUGUCCAAUCAGCCAGGUGCUCUUGAGAAACGACAAUCGACAUUGAAUUCAAUUCUUAGUCAAAGGAAAUAA